AAAGAUUUCUCACAUGGUGCAAUGAGAAAAACAUUACAAACUAUUCUGAAAAUGUGCUACUAGCUUAUUUUUGUGAAUUGGCAACCAAUCUAAAAAUGAAGAGUUCAACAAUGUGGUCUCAAUAUUCCAUGAUAAAAGCAUUAUUAAAUCUUAAACAUGGAUUAGAUAUUAGCAAAUAUAUGAAGCUACGUGCUUAUUUGAAAAAGCAGAAUGAAGGCUAUACUCCCAAAAAAUCAAAGGUAUUCACAAAGGAACAGUUUGAAGAUUUUUUAAACAAUGCACCUGAUGAGCAAUAUUUGGGGAUUAAGGUUGUUUUAGUAAUAGGCGUAUCAGGAGCAUGUAGGUGCGAUGAAAUGGUGAAUAUGACAAUAGACAAUAUAGAGGAUUUAGGAUCUGUUAUUCAUAUAAAGAUUCCUGAUAGCAAAACUAAAAAGCCACGAUCGUUUACAAUUAUUGGUGAAAAAUACAUAAAUCUUUAUAGAAAAUAUACUUCCUUGCGCCCCCCCGCUAUGGAAAGCCGUCGAUUUUUCUUGAAAUUUCAAAACGGAAAAUGUUAUCGCAUGGUCAUGGGAAUUCAUACAAUUAGUAAUGUACCCAAAACAGUAGCAACUUUUUUAAAACUACCGGAUUCAAAACUUUACACAGGCCAUGCUUUAAGAAGAACUUCAGCUACAUUGCUGGUGAAUGGAGGAGCUGAUAUCACUUGUUUAAAGCGGCAUGGAGGUUGGAGGUCGAGCACUGUGGCUGAAGGAUACCUAGAAGAUUCUUUGUCUAAUAAAAAAGAAACCGCGAAAAAAAUCUUAAUGCCAAAUUCUUCGUCAUUGGGCCUGAAUGCAGCUUCCGAUGAGCGAAAUUCGGUGGACGUUGAUUUAACAGAUGUUGAAACGAGUAAGAAGUCAAAGGAAAUGUUAUUGGCUAACUCAUUCAACUCUACACAAAAUUCUAUUGAAUUAGAAGUCAAUAAAUCAGGAAGUGUGUUAAAUUUGUGCGGUGCAACUCUAAAUAAUUGUAAUUUCACAAUUAAUAUGUAAUUAUCGCUAAUAAAUCUCCAAAGUUCAACUACCUGAUGAUAUUUACUGUCUG